AUGCGCAACCCGACCCGUACCCGAUCCGACCCGGCUGUAUUGAUCUACUGUAUCAUGUCAUCGACACCGUCGUCUUCCAAAGCUCAUUCUUCUCAUUCGAAAAGUACGACAGCGAAAACGAAAUAUUUAAGCAAAAGUUCCGAUUCAUUGUCAAAUCAACCAACUACAGAAACAGUUGACGGUAAUGUUUCAGUAACAACAUCCACAAAUAAAACAUCCCAUUCAAAAUCGAUGAAAAAAUCUCAAACAGCAUUAACAGGAUUUGAUCAACAAAAAGCGAGCUCUUCCACACAACAUUCUUCCUCAUCGAAUUCUCAAAAUAAUGGCGGUCUAAGACGUCGUUUCAGUUUAUUUCGUACAAAACGUUACCAACAACAACCGGCAAAACCUCCUUCGGAUCAAGAUUUAUCAUUAACAGUAGCAGUAGCGGCAUCCAGUGAUCUAAAUUUACACGAUAAAAUUCAUUUAUUACAAGACGAAGUCGAACAACGCAAUAUUAUUAUCGAAAAUUUACGGCAAGAAUUAAAUGUAAAAACACAAGAAUUAGACUCGACAAAACAACGUUUAUUUGAAAUAAAUAAAUCAUAUGAUAUCGAACAAGCUCUACAAAUACAAACAAAAAUGAAUACACAUCUAGAAGAAAUGCUGAAAGAAAAUGAAACGCUAAAAAAGAGUAUAUAUGAUUUAGAAUGUUUUGCUCAACAGCAGCAACAGUCAAAUACAAGCAAUGACGGUGAGUAA